UUCGAGGUAUAUCUGAGUAAGGACAUUCUCAUUGGAAGGGACCCCAACAGAUGUACUGUCUUUCUUGAGGACCUUACUAUAUCAAGACAGCAUGUCCGGAUAUAUUCUGUCAUAUUUGACGAGAAAUCAGUACCGCUGGUUUACUGCGAAGAUAUCAGUCGGAGUGGCAGCCUUCUAAAUGGCAAGUUUAUCGGCACGCACACCAGUGUCCUGCUCUCGCAUGGAGAUGUAAUCAGGAUCGACAAACAUAACUCCUUCUGUUUUAUUCAACCUGAUGCUCUCAACUCCAUAGGACCUAUAUUCGACCCCAUCUUUGAGCGGGAGAGAACUAGGUUAACGCCUGACUAUAUGAUCACGGAUCGUGUUCUCGGAAAGGGUGCUUACGGCCGGGUCCAUCUUGCAUGGGACCUUGUGAACCACAGGCAGGUUGCCUGUAAGGUUGUGGGAUAUGGCCUAAACCCGUUUCAAGGUAAUCCACACAAGGCGAGGGAUUUGCAUCUGAGAGAAUUCGAGAUAAUGGCAUCCUUGAAUCACGUAAAUAUACACCCCAUCUUAUAUUCAUCCACUUAUACUAAUACCAAUGCCUCCUUGUCGUUCCAGCCAAACAUCUUGGCCCUUCAUAGGGUUAUCCACACUGAGUACAACAUCUACAUGUUUUCAGAUCUAAUCACCGGAGGUGAUCUAUUCUCACGCCUCGACUCGGGUCCCAUGACUGAGAUAGAGAUUUUACCCAUUGUUUACCAACUGCUGAAGGCUCUCGAAUAUAUGCACAAUCAUAAUGUGGUUCAUCGUGACCUCAAGGUUGCUUCCCCCUUAGCACUUGCGGACAAGAGGGCACAUUUCACUAACUUCAAUUCCGCAGCCUGAUAAUAUCCUCUGCACUCGUCACGCCGAUGGGUCUCGAAUUGUACUCGGUGACUUCGGUUCCGCAAGAUUCUUCACACCAAUGACCACAAUGCGGAGCCAAUGUGGGACUUUGGAAUACUUGGCCCCGUCCGUUCCUCUAUUCCAUAUACACCCCGUUUACUAAUGAGAUCUUAGGGAACUCAUCACCCCACAUUUAGUUCCCUCGACUACGGGACAUGCAAACGCGGUUGACUACUGGGCCCUAGGAGCUAUUGUAUACACACUCCUAACCAAUACCACGCCUAUCAUAGGACCAUUUGCUAGGAUUCCUACCAGACUUCAAGACUACGAGCUGACUCGCCUGGAGGAUAAUAAAGAAGAAUGGGUCAACAUAUCUCCUGAAGCAAAAAGUUUUGUUCGCCGGCUUAUGACCACUGAUCCCAGGAAGCGCAUGGGUGCCGAUGAGGCCCAAUGUCACGUUUGGAUCGCUAGACACAUGGGGGACCUGGAAGAUCUUUACGGAAGAGCCAUUCAAAGAUGGGAGCCGCUGGACAGGACUGAUUUCAGAAUCGAAGGGAUA